AAGAGCAGUUACAGAGCAGAGCAGAGUGAGAGAGAGAGGGAGAGAGAGAGAGAAAAGAGAGAUUUGGGGUUUUCUGGAAACGUCGUCGUUAAUUUUCUUCUUUUUGGUAAAAUUUGGGGUUUGAGUUUCGGUAGAAAAGAGAGUAGAUAAGCUGAGGAAGAGAUUUCUGGGGUUUUCUGGUGGUUUCUCGAUUUUAAAUUGGAGAAAGGGUGGAGAUUUUUUGUGGGUUUUCCCCCUUUUCCCUUGUAGAGGUGGGUCUGUUGUUGGAUGGGAUAUAGUUGCAGAGAAGAACGCGGCCAUGCGAAAGUCGUUUAAGGAUUCCCUAAAAGCACUUGAAGCGGAUAUUCAGCAUGCGAAUACUCUGGCUUCGGAUUACCCGAUGGAAUAUGAUGGGGCAUGCCUUCAAAUGAGGUUAUCUUAUAGCCCAGCUGCUCACUUUUUUCUUUUUUUAGUUCAGUGGACUGAUUGUCACCUUGCUGGUGCCCUUGGAUUGCUUAGAAUUCUUAUCUAUAAGGCUUAUACUGAUGGCAAAACCACUAUGUAUAUUCAUGAAAGGAAAGCCAGCAUUAAAGAAUUUUAUGCUGUAAUAUUUCCCUCUGUAUUGCAACUUCAAAGGGGAAUCACUGAUGUGGACGAUCGGAAACAGAGAGAACUCUGUUCCGCAAAAUACAGGAAGAAGUAUGAGAUGGACAAAGGUAAAAUGUCCGAGGUUGAUAUAGAGAGAGAGGAGGAGUGUGGUAUUUGCAUGGAGAUGAGCAGUAAGGUUGUCUUGCCCAAUUGCAACCACUCGUUGUGCAUGAAAUGUUAUCGGGAUUGGCGAACACGAUCUCAGUCGUGUCCCUUCUGUCGAGAUAGCCUCAAAAGAGUGAACUCUUGUGACCUUUGGAUCUACACUGACAGCUGUGAGGUUGCCGACCUGUCUGCUAUUUGUAGGGAGAACUUAAAGAGAUUGUUCAUAUACAUAGAUAAACUACCUGUAGUUGUUCCUGAUCCUGUUUUUGCCUCCUACCAUUCUCAUGUUAGGUAAGGGCUUUGAUUAUGGAUACUGGAAAAAAAGGAAAAUUGUACAUAGAAUCCAGCUUGUAUAUAAUUGUUUCCCUCUCCCUCUUCUUAUCUCACUGUAAAUUCUGAUUGUUUUUAGUGGUUUCAUUGUCUGAAUACUUCGUUAUGGGUCAUUCUAUAUCAAAAUAGAUUUUCAGUUUCUGUGUCUUAGUUC